GGUUGGAAAUAUUUCAGUUUGAUUGCAGAAGUCUUACGAAUAUGAAGGAAAUUUUAAUUUGCUCACUUUUGGUGUUGGGAAUUGUUGCGGAUGAAGUGAUAUUUGAAGUUCCGAAUUUCAAGGCAAACUGGCAUGGCGCCAAUCUACACUGUACCACGAGGGGCUCCUCACUAGUUACGGUGACAUCGCUGGAGAAGCAUGAGGCGUUGGUCAAAUUUUUGGAAAAAUCCGACAAAAAAUACAGCAAUCAAGGGUACCGAUUCUGGAUUGGAGCUAGCAGUCUGCCCGAUGGAGAGAACUUUGUGUGGCAGUCAACGGGAAGCAGAUUGUCGUUCACCAAGUGGAACUUGGGAGAGCCCAACAACGCCGGUGGGGUCGAACAGUGCGUCGAGAUCAUACACUGCCCCGGGUGCAAUCGCAUCUGGGAUUGGAACGAUAUGAAGUGCAGCUUGAAAUCGUAUUUCGUUUGUGAAACAGUUGAUGAUUCGAAUAUUAGGCAGUUUUAGUAUGAAGUAAAGGUUAGUUUAAAA